AUGGAAAAACCUUCCUUCUUCUCUAGCCCAUCCAGGCCUCCUAGCGCCCCCUCCCUGGCCCAUAGCGUGGACAGCAGCGCCGGCCCACCCCCUCCCCUCUCCUCUGGCCCGCUUCACUCACCACGGCGGCACUGUGGCCCAACUCGCCACCCAGCCGCGCGGCCCAGCUACUUGCCCCGGCCCAACCCCUCCGCGAAGCCCACCCUGCACCACCAACCCGCACCGGCCCAGCUCCCCCAGGUCGCCAAGGCCCAGGCCGUGGCCCACGAGGGAGCCAGCACCGUCCUCAACCCUAGGAGCCACGCCAGCUCCCAGGCAGAGCCGCCGCCGCCGCUCGGUGGAGCACCCGCGCCCGAGCACUCCCGCGCACGCGCCCCCCUGCUCCCUGCCACGCGCGCCCGCGAUUCACGCCGCGUGUCCCAACGCGGGCGCGGACGCCGAGGAUGA